AAUAACGUAAUUAACAUAAAGUUAUUGCGAUUAAACUGUUUACCCUUCAAAUUAAAUAAAGAUAGCAAAUACCCUCAAAAACGCCCAAAGCUGUAUCGUUGUUUACUGAUAAUUUAGUGGAGGUAUCUUUAUCUCGGUUUGACAAAUAUAUACGUAUAUAUGUGUAUGACAUCCCGUUGUUUGUAUAUUGGCGUUCGUGUCGAUUCAGUGAUGAGUGAUGCUAUGGUGCGGUAGUGAUUUUGGAUUUUAUAGUGAAUUCCUGAAUGUCAGCUGUGUAGAGAGGUGAUUGUCUGAUCUUGGAACUUGGGAGUCAUAUGUCCCCCACCCUUUUCUAAAUUAUAUUGAUGUAUCACAAAAAGGAGAUAAACUUUGUAUAGGUUUUAAAAAUAAUAUUUUAGUGGUUCAACCGCUAGAAAAAACAAAAGUAAUAAAAUGUGUACAAAUUUCUGUGGUUAUGUGGUAAUUUAAAUAAGUUAGUGACCAAUUUUUUUAAAUAAAUGGAAUUAUGGCGCCAAUGAUUUAUACUUUGUAUGGAUUUGCAAUAUUUUUCUUCAUAUUUUGGUGUGGUAUGUGGUUACUACAUUUAAUAGCAAUAGUUUAUGGUAAAUACCGGCUGCACAAGAAAAUUAUACCUGAACCUACAGAUGAACCUUAUCCUGGUGUUUCAAUAUUAAAACCUUUAAUGGGUGUCGAUCCGCAUUUAGUAUCCAAUUUAGAAACGUUCUUUACUUUGAAUUAUCCUAUGUACGAAAUAUUAUUUUGUAUUGAAGAUGAAAAGGAUCCCGCAAUAGACGUGGUUAAUGCAUUAAUUGAAAAAUAUCCGAAAGUUUCUACAAGUGUAUUUGUUGGCGGUUCUCUAGUAGGUGUUAAUCCAAAAAUUAACAACAUGAAUAAAGCUUACGAAGCAAGCAGUUAUGAUUUAAUUCUCAUAUCAGAUAGCGGGAUAAGAAUGAAAGAAGAUACGUUACUUGAUAUGGUUAAUCACAUGACUGAGAAAACAGGUUUAAUCCAUCAAAUGCCUUUCACGUGUGACAGGAAUGGCUUCGCUGCUACCUUAGAAAAGAUAUACUUUGGUACGGCGCAGUCUAGAAUAUAUUUAUGUGCGGAUUUUGUGAGAGUUAAUUGUCAUACAGGCAUGUCAACGUUAAUGAGAAAAGCUGUUCUGGAAGAACACGGUGGCUUAAAAACAUUUGGCUGUUACUUGGCGGAAGAUUUUUUUAUUGCAAAGUGUUUCAUAGAUAGAGGAUGGAAAAUUGGUAUUAGUAGUCAUCCAGCUUUACAAAAUUCUGGUCUCUGUGAUGUUAAUAGUUUCCAAGCCAGACUUACCAGAUGGGCAAAGCUACGGUUGGCCAUGGUUCCCCUGGUAAUAAUUUUUGAACCUCUUACUGAGUGCAUGGUAAUAGGAGCUUGUGCAGCUUGGGCAUUCAGCCUGUUGUUCCUUUGGGAGCCUUUAGUUUUUUAUCUUGUACAUAUUUUAGUAUGGUUUUUGUGCGAUUGGAUUUUGUUAUCGAUAGUACAGAAUGGUACACUACCGUUUAACAAAUUUGACUUUAUAAUUGGUUGGCUAUUUCGUGAAUGUUCUGCCCCAUACCUGUUCCUUCUCGCAGUGCUAGACCCUACAAUAAAAUGGCGUAAUAGAGUAUUUAAGCUAGCCUGGGGUGGUGUCGCCCAGGAACUGAAACCCAGAAUCAAAUGUUAAUAAAUAUGUAUUCUAAGUUAUGUAUUUACUUCUGCACAUUUCUCAUGUUCAUUGUCAUAGUUAUAAUUAUUUUGUACAUAUGUUCGUUUCAUCAAACAUUUUCACCAAUUAUCUUAAGUGAUGUCACAUUCGUGAAAGAUUUAAUUUUAUUUUUUUUAAUAAAAAGUGGAAU